UGGAAGCUGCUGGCCAAUAGAAGGACUUCUGCAGUUGGAAACGGGCUACAAAGUUGCGUCGCUGUGCGCACAACCACGCAGAGACGAUGGAAAACAAGCAAAGCCAGGUGCUGAACCUUGAACGGGUGCAGGCCCUGGAAAUCUGGUUGAAAGCAACCAACACAACGCUGACUCAAGUUAAUGGCCAGAGGAAAUAUGGAGGACCACCUGAGGUGUGGGAAGGUGCCACGCCAGGACCGCGCUGUGAAGUCUUCAUCAGCCAGAUCCCACGGGACGCGUACGAGGACAUCCUGAUUCCCCUGUUCAGCUCCAUUGGACCACUCUGGGAGUUCCGGCUGAUGAUGAACUUCAGUGGGCAGAACCGCGGCUUUGCGUAUGCCAAAUAUGGCUCAGCUGCUGUAGUUGCUGAAGCCAUACGGCAGCUGCACGGUCACAUGUUGGAGCCUGGCUACCGCAUCAGUGUACGGCGGAGCACAGAGAAGCGACACCUUUGUAUUGGAGGUUUGCCUGCGUCCACUAGGCAAGAAGACAUACUGCAGGUGCUGCGUGUGCUGGUAGAGGGUGUGGAGAGAGUUUCCCUGAAGGCUGGACCUGGUAUCGAGGGGGUAUCUGCUACUGUUGCGUUCUCAUCUCACCAUGCAGCUUCUAUGGCUAAGAAAGUGCUGGUGGAAGCAUUUAAGAAGCAGUUUGCAAUGUGUGUGUCAGUCCAGUGGCAGCCAACAGAGAAGCCAAACCCUGACGAGUCACGCUGCCCUCAGAAACGUGCAAAGAGCCUGUUGCCGUCACACCUAGGGCCCCUGCACCACAGUUCUCCACAACCCUCAGGCCUGCCUUCAUUCCUGACCCUCCCUGCAUCCAUACCCGCAGGUUUCUGCAGAGCAGUGGGAGGGCCCACUGCUCCUCAGCUCCCUCACCCUACAUGCUCUUUCCCCGAUUCCUCCACCCAAGGCCAUCUUGUAUUUGCAGUAUCCCCAGUGAUGCUUCUCAGUAAGCUGUGUGAGACAGCAGGUGUUGGUCAGCCGUUUUAUGAAGUGCAGUACAGCCACGCUGGGCCUGAUGGAUUCCUCUACUUCUCCUAUAAGGUGCAGAUCCUCGGGAUCACUGCCACUUUCAAGGGGUUGGUCAUGAUAUUACCGGGUCCUAAUGCCAGCACCAUGCUAGAGGAGGCUCAGAAGGCUGUAGCCCAGCAGGUCCUGCAGAAGAUGUACAACACUGGUCUCACACCCUGAACAGCUGAUGCCGUCCUGCAGUUCUGUUUCACCUCGUUUGUGUUAUGUGCUUUCUUUUUCUGCAUGUUUUUACUAGAGUAGCACCAAGUUUGUUUCUCUGACUAGAACUUGUGGUUUGUUUUAUGCAUGAUUUUUACUGUACAUUAGUGUUCUGUGUUACUGGAUUGGUUCUCAUUUUAAUUAAAUGAGCUUUGAAAAGAAA